GUUUCUGUGAUUUUAGACUCAACCCUUCAGGAGUAGAAGAGCAAGAAAACAAAGAGCAGGAUGGUUGGAUUUCACAUUUACUGCAGGGGGCUGAUGAUCAGCUGUAACCUUUGACCCCUCAAGUUCAGCGCCACCUGCCCAUCUACCUAAGGGGGGGCGGGGCCUUUGGAGUUUAGUGGUCUCAUCAUGGCAACAACCUCCUCCUUAAUUAGCCCAGGUCUGGGCCUGGUUCUGGUGGAGUUUCAGUAUGAGUACCAUGGCCGGGAUGGGGCGCUGGUCUCUAUUAAGCCCAACGAGCGCUACGUCCUGCUGGCAAAGACCAAUGAUCACUGGUGGCAGGUUCGAAGUGACGGUAACUCCAAACCCUUUUACAUCCCUGCAAAGUACGUCAAGGAGCUUCCAGCAGACCUCCCCUUGCCUCUGGACUUUGCCGAUCCACCUACCGCUGAACCGGUGGCACUUCCUGUGGCAGCACCAGUCCCAGUUCCUGUACCUGUACCUGUUCCUGUUCCAAAGCCUCUGGAGGAGCCGAGUGGGACCAAAGCCAAACCGAGUGAUGAGGUGACUAUACGACUACGGCCUGAUGCUUCCACUGGAUACCGCAAGACUGAAAACCGCAUGUCCACAUUCGGUGUCCCACUAGACUUUCAUGACAUGUCACCUCUGGUCCCGCCAGUAUCACGACAUUCAGGUGAUCUCCCUGUCGCUCCUGCAGAGACUACAGUCACUAGUGGGACUACAAAAAUAACAGAGGAUGCUUUGAGUAAAAAACUUCAGUCAGGGUUUCUGGAGGAUCAAAAGGACUCUGGGAAACCUCGAGUUCCCAGUUUCAGUCCAGCAGACCCUCUCUCCUCAUCGCGGCCUUACACUCAGCCCAUCCCCGUUGAGACGCCAGUGGUCCCAAUGGUACCUCCACACAAUGACCUCCAAAGUGGAACCACAGGUGACAACCAGGACUCUCCAAUAGAGUUAGAGGAGGAGGAAGAGGAGGUGGCAGAGGAGGAGAUUAGUGUUGAGAGUAGCAUCGGAGAGGAUGAUUCUGUUAAAGAUGAGGAUUCACACCACAUCUACGAGUCCAUCCAGGACCUGAACUUGGAUAUUGAAGCUUUGGUUGGAGGGAGAGUGAGUCCUGGAGCGCCGCCUGAACAUGCACCUGCACCUCCAGCGGGACCUCCACCUGCACCUCCCUCAACACAGGGCCCCAGCUCAGUGGAUGCUAACACGCCCAUCUAUGCUAACGUCUCCUCUCUAAAGAAAACAUCAGUGCCUCAGAUCGUCACUACUGCACCCGCCCUCCCCUCAUCGCCUCCUCCUGAACACCCACCAGCCAUUCCAGACCACACCCCCGCAUCGUCUGUGUCCUCCUCCUCUGGGAUGAUAAGCCCCGCCUCCCCUGUCAGCCCACUGGAGGGAUGGCAGGUUCACACUGACAAGGAAACAGGGAAGGUGUUUUACUUCCAUCCUGUAACCAAACAGACCACAUGGUCCGACCCCCGCAGCCCCCCGUCCCCUCCUGUCAGAGACGUGGACCAGUCCAGGAAGACUGAGGGGGGACAGCUGACCCCUUCCUCCCCACUGCUCUCUCCCACCUCCUCCCAGGGCUCCUGUGGCUGGGAGCAGCUGGUGGACGAAGUCUCAGGGAGAUUUUAUUACUACAACCCCACUACAGGAGCCACGUCAUGGACCGCACCUGAGCCGCUGUCCCCCUCCUCCCCCUCCUCCCCUCAUGGAUGCCCGCCUCCACUGCCUGAGGAAGAUUAUCCUGUAGACCUACCAAAUGACAACAGCGAUACUGUCUUCACAAUGAAUCCUCAGCAGCAUGUAGGUCUGAUACCGAGAGCUCAUCUAGACCUGAGGGAUGGAAACAACUCUCAGUGGAGGCCGCAGGAGGGUUCCUAUUUGCCCCCAAGACUUGUGGGAAAUGGAGUUUCCGAAGAGGGAACUGUGCAGGUCAGGAGCUGGAGACACAGCGUGGCUGAAGAUACAUUUGCUUCAAGCCACAGGAGGAACAUGUCUGACUUCACUGAUAUUUCCAACAGAAGACACUCUCCAGACAGUCCACAGCUCCCUGACAGGCACAGACUGAAGAGGAAUCUGUCUGAUCGGAGCACAGGCUCCCAACAGAUGAGCUGCCAUCUGCUGGAGAAGGCAGGAAUCAUCAACAAGACCAAAGUAGCGGAUAAUGGGAAAAAGAUCAGGAAAAACUGGAGUCAGUCCUGGACAGUCCUCCAUGGUGGGAUCCUAACCUUCCACAAAGAUCCCAAGUCUGCUCCAGCUGGGAACGCUAGUAAAUCCUCACAGAUUGUUCCAGAGUACACAGUCGAGCUGAGAGGAGCCUCAGUGAGCUGGGCCCACAAGGACAAGUCAUCCAAAAAGAACGUUUUAGAGCUGAAGACUCGACAGGGCUGCGAGUAUCUGAUGCAGUACGACACAGAAAGCAUCAUUGGGGAUUGGCUCAAAGUGAUACAGGACACCAUCAGACAGCUGGAACUGGUGUAUGUGUCUGAAGAUGAGGAAGAGACUGACGGUGCUUCUGACAAAGAGGACAAAGACAGGAAGAGAACAUCCACCAGAAGUUCAUCAGGAACAGCCGACUCUGAGCAGAGACGAGUUCGAACCAAACUACGGCGUUUCCUCCAGCGUAGGCCGACUCUGCAGAGUGUCAAAGAGAAAGGCUACAUCAGAGAUAACGUGUUCGGCUGUCACUUGGAUACACUCUGUCACAGAGAAAACACCACCAUCCCCAAAUUUGUGGAGAAGUGUAUCAGAGCAGUGGAGAGGAGAGGUCUGGAUGUCGACGGGAUCUACAGAGUGAGCGGGAACCUCGCUGUGAUCCAGAAACUACGACACAAAGCAGAUCAUGAGGAGCAGCUAGAUCUGGAGGAUGGUCAGUGGGAGGAGAUCCAUGUCAUCACAGGAGCUCUCAAACUUUUCCUACGGGAGCUUCCAGAGCCGUUGUUUCCCUUCAGCUGCUUCGAGAAGUUCAUCGCUGCAAUCCAAGUCCCAGACUACACCCUGAGAGUCUCCUACAUGAAGGACCUGGUUCGCUUGCUGCCUCUGCCAAACCAUGACACCAUGGAGCUGCUGUUCAGACACUUGCUCAAAGUGAUCGAUCAUAAGGAGUCGAACAGGAUGUCAUUUCAGAGCGUCGCCAUCGUGUUUGGCCCCACGUUGCUCCGGCCCCAGACCGAGUCGGCCAACAUGACGAUCCACAUGGUGUUCCAGAGCCAGAUAGUGGAGUUAAUGCUAAAAGAGUACCAUACCGUCUUUUCCAAGAGGUAGGGGGAACCUCCAGGAGCGCUCCUGAAACCCUCAAAGCCCCCCACUCAGACCUGCCAAAGAUCUUCCAAAGUGUCAAAGAACUCUCAUUACCUUUGGAUCAAAGUUUCACCUCCUUAAGUUCAUCAGAAAGUGAGCUUGGAAUCAACUGGCUGUCAAUGUUGAAUCCUGAUCACUGUGCCUUUACUGACCCUGGUCAGCGGUCUGGAGCCUGACGACUUCUCAAACCACUGUGGCACCAUCUAGCGGCCUGAAUUGGUAUUGAAAGAUUAACUCUUAAGGAUCCAAACCAAAUACCAACAACAACACUUCUCUGCACCUUAAGUAGGAAUACUUGCUCUUAGAAGCAAAGCCGUCAUAUUAAUGUCAGGAUCCCUUGAGAACUUCGUAGAUCUUAGACCAGGAAUACAACAGACCUGCAGUCUUUGAUAGAUUAUCCAACUUCAUUGCAAAGAAUGGACCACAAAGAAUUUCUGACUUUAUGAAAGAAUUGGCAUUUUAGUUUCUCCAUUUGUCAAAAACCUUGUAAGACUCUGAACCCAAACAUGAUUUCAUCCUUUAUUAAGGCUGCUCAAGAACAAAUUUAUGUGGAGUUUGCGUCAACUCCAAGGCACUUUCUAGUAAACAUUUAAAAUGUAGUUGUUAAUGAGCCCAGUUCAGACCUAAGAUUUUCUAUGCAACAAGACCAUUUUAGAACGUUGCAGAGGACGAUUGUUGAUAUGUGAACUGAGCUGUUGCAGCUCAAUCAGGUCGGCUGACGGUGUUGCCUGUAAUUCAGUUCAUCAAAUCACCAACUGGGUUUAAAAGGCAAGACACGUAUGUUUCAACAGCCAGUUAGCAACUUCUUAAGCCUGUGCAAUGGAAAACGUUUUGUAAUGGCUACAAUAUGUUUCUCAACAGUUGCCAAUAAGGGCAACAUUAUCUGAGUUAUUCCCCUGAUGAAAUUAAGUCACAGUAUUUCCUCCAAACUAACCUUUGCCAAACUUCAGUGUUCAGCAGCCCAAUCUAAGACCUGAGAAUCUUCUGGGGCCCAUAAAAAACCUCUCGUACAACAAUAACAUCAGACUCAAAUAUUUAGUUUUUAUUUACCAAAUUUUUGUCUGAUAAACAGAGAUUUUCUAUGCAAGUGCUUUGCUUUCAAA